AUGCCUCCGCUCUCGCGCAAGAAGGGCCAGAUGUUUGUCUCAAGGGCACAGGAACUGGAAGCUGAGCUUAACCAGACAAAAGGAGACCUCGACUUACGAAAUUUUGCUUGUCCGAUCUACAAUCUCCUCCAACCUGGUAUGGCGUUGGCUUCUCUAGGGGUUCUGGACAAAUUCGUCAUUGAGAAUACAGGCACAAAGCUAGGAAUCCUGUAUGAGGACCUCAUCGAGGACAGCUUUUCCGAUCUUGAGAACCGUUACCACGAGGCCAAGGCGAAGCUCAAGCCCAACGCCGGCCAGAGAUGGGUGCCACUUCCUGUAUCGUCAACGCAACCUCCAGAGUUACGAGUCGAGUACCGUAGAGGAAAGGAGAAGACUCGACCGUCGCAUUCCUCAGCCUACGAGAUUACGCCUCAGUCCGCACCAGCGGAAGACGAAGCCACAACAACUACACCAACCCAGAUCUUCAAGGUGAGCAGCUCGGCGGCCGAUACCUUUUGGAGAUUGUUCGACAAGUCGCAAUCUCGAAGCUCGAUCAGCUGGACGGCCUUGGAGGCGGCCAUGGCGGAGCUUGGGUUCUCCGUCAUGCCCAAGUUCGGGUCCAUCUACACUUUCCUGCCCCCGGAGUCGUUGGAUAUGAGGAAAUCUGUGACGUUUCACAGGCCACACAGGUCUCACAUCGAGGGCUUUUUCGGUGCCAAUAUUUGCACAGCGUCUCAAUCGCGUGUAUGGGUGGAAGAAGGAGUCAUUUGA